UGAAUACAAGCCAGAUCAGCAUCUUUAAACCUCACUGAACAUGCUUUUGUGCACCAGAAGGGUUUAACCCUACCACCCUGUGUUGUUUCCGCUGGAAUAGUUUCCGUGCAUCAAGGCUUGAAAAGCUUCACAAAAGCUGACCCUGCAGAGUUAUGCCAAUCACUGUAAACACUCUAAAUUCUCUAAAAUGAGUGACACUAACUACUGGGUUGUGGACUAUGAGCUCUCCUCUCCUGCUCUGCCUGGGUUCCCCAGGGGCCCGACAGUGCUGCAGCCCACGGUGGAGCACCCAGAGCAGGGAACGGCCCUGUGUUUUGUGGGCCUCCUUGUGCUUCUGCUGCUCUUUCUUGUCGUACGCUGCGUCCGUAUCUUGUUAGACCCUUACAGCAGCAUGCCGGCUUCGUCUUGGACAGACCAUAAGGAGGGACUGGACAGAGGACAGUUUGAUUAUGCAGUGGUGUAAAGACGAUGGGGGUGAUGAGGAAUUUAGUUUUGUUUGUGUGAUGCUGUUUCAUAGCGGAAGAUCAAAGAAGCCAAAAUGUAUAUUUGUUAUGUUUGUUAGGCGUCAUGGAAACGGUCGUCUUCUACGAGAGCACAGUAUCAAAAUCUUGAGGAAAUUCUUGGGGAAGGAAAGACAAAACACAAGUAUUGCUUCCAGUUCCAUUUACAACAAUGAAUGUAUAAUCAGAGGCGUAUAGAGUGAGUUACAUUGUUACACUGCAGCUUUCACAGUACCAAACUACAGGAAGACGACAGUCUGUUUGGAAGCAUUAUAAUGUGACUCCUGUUUAUCAUGUCAUUUUGUAUUUCUAUAAUGUUUUUACAAGUCCCAGGACUGGAUUAUAAGUAGAGGGCAGAGCUGCAGCAGCAGAAGUCUUGAUUGAAUAAAGAGAAAUGAAAUGAGUUGAGGGCAGAUAUGGAAUUCAUUUAUUAAAGCAGACACAGCCAAGACUGUAAACAUUAUAUCCUGAUAUAUUGCUGAGACGUUAAAUGUUUCUCUCUGGGGAAGUUAAACCUCAGGCAAAACAUUAUUAGAUGUAAUAACAUUUCUUUUUUUAAACUGUAAACCUUAUUUUUGUUGACUUUAGUGUGGCUCAUGCUAGUUUUUGUGUGGCUGUAGAACCACCUCUAAGAUGAUCCUCAGGUAAAAUGAACCAAAGCCUCUAUAAUUUGCUCAAUAAUCACUUGUCUAGCAGUAUUUAUGUCCUACAUUUUUAGCUAUUUCACUAAAAGUUUGAAACUCCUAACAGUGGAAACAGCACAUUUUAUUUUUGGGCUUUGCUUUUUCAUUUUCUCAUCCCUUCAAGAGGCUUAUAAAGCUUAGUGUGGAGACUGGAUGAAUAUUUUUCAUAUAAUCGUAUGAUUAUGAAAUGCAUGUAAACCAGUUUCCUUCUCCUAACCUUUUCUGUCUUUAAGUCCUGACCAGUGCACCAGCCAAAUCUGCACCAGUCAAACAGUGCCUGUAGCAAUAAGAGUUACGAUCUAUUUCAUACCAAUGCUGUGUUUGAAUGUCAUUUAUUUUGUAAGGUCACCGUAGAAUAAGGCCCUGUUAAAUGUGGCUUUAAAGUACAGUAUGGAUAUUUUACUGAUGUGAUGUGAUGAAAUGUUGUUUGUUUCCUCUGUGAUGACCGGACAAUACUGUUCCUGAAUGCAGACUCCUGCCUGUAAAUUAUCUUUUUUAGAUUUUUCU